CCGUCUACACGUUCUAAACGUUCUAUAGCUUUUGCAUGUGUCUGUAUCGUCUGUAUGUACAUACGCGCGAAUACGAGUACGAGCAGUACGAGUGAGCUGUGAAGGUAGAGGAGCAUCGCGUUGCGCAGACGGCCCGCGCCGUCGUCGUCGGGCGACCAGCAGUACCAGCACUACGUACCAGCAGGCCGCCAGUCUACCUAAGUCCAUCGUUCGCGCUCGCGCCACGCUGUCAUCUUCCUGCGCUAAGCGCUACGUUCGGAGUAGGUAUACUGUACUUGACUGUACUUGUUGCUUACGGACAGGGCAGGGGCCGCGCGGCGCAGUUUGUCACGGGGCAUAGAUAGAAGUGGGAUACUGGGAGAGGAGGGUGCGAAGAAGUAGCGGCCGGUCGCGCGGUCGUGCGAGAAGAGGCGAGAAGAGAAGAGACGGGACGGGACGAGACGAGACGAGAAGAGAAGUAGGAAAGAAAGGGAAGACUACACGCACGGCACGGCUGUCGGCGCACCGGCCACGCACGGCUCUCCACGCGACACCUUCGUGUCGCACGCGCCGAUCAGCGCGGAUCAACGUAAGCCGGGAGGCUCAUCAUGUCGCAUCAUAUCGUUACCGUAUGCGUGGUGUGUGUACUGUGCGCCGCACAUGUACCUUGUUCGGCGCAUACGAAUUUGUCGGUUAAUUCAACAAGUACCAAAAAUUAUUCGGAUCCACAAGGACAAUCGUAUAUAUACUUGAAGAAUCAACAGAGAUACGAUCCAAGUAACUUCACUAGCAAUAAGCACGACGCUGUAAGAUCUCAUCCUAUUCAACGCAUUGACAGUAACAGCAAUAAUAACGUUUCGGUAAACAUUGACGCGAUAUCGACUGCAUCAUAUGAUACUCAUCUUAAGAAGCAGAUGACGGAAAGCUUCAAAGGCGGCGGCAGUCUGCAAGACAGACGAUCGUCAAUUAACAACGCAAGUGUGUCUGUAAAUUCGAGAGAUGCGGAACUUUUGGAGCGUCUUGCUCAAACAGAGUUGGUGGAAAGUGUCAAACAAAAGUCUGCACGAUCUAGCGAAAAUUUACGUACCGUUAAUAAAUCUAGAUUAAAAAGAGAUGUGAAUGAGAGGUACUUCAUGCAGAAGAUCUUUGAGGCCUACGGAGAUGGAACGAGUAUAACUAUAGAAGGUUUUGAAAAACUUGUCCGGAAAUUGGGUCUACUAAGAUUAUUUGAUACGUUAGAGGUGGAUAGUGGUGCCACUGAUAGAAAUAAUAAGAAUUUUCCAAGUAAAGGCCUACACGACGCAGAUAGUAAAAAUAACAAGGAGAGGUGCUUAAACAGUCAAGAGUUGCUAAAUACUGUUGCCCAAGAUACACAUUACGUUUCCAGUAAUAACGCGACGACAUUACCUAGCUGGCUUUUCGAACGCGUGUGUCCGGUUCUUGUGUAUCAAUUAGCGGCCGAAUCCAGUUCGGAGAGAAACGGCUGUAUACGAGUACCCGAGAACUACAAGCCUGUCAUGCCAGUCGAUAAAUUUUAUACAGCGGAGGAUUCGGCGCGUAACACUGUAAAAGUCUGGGUAUAUUCAACAGUUAGUAUUUUCGUAAUUAGUCUUAGCGGACUGCUCGGCGUAGUAGUAAUUCCGAUCAUGGGAAAGAAUUAUUACCAUCACGUGCUACAGUUUCUAGUUGCCCUGGCCGUAGGUACUUUAACCGGUGAUGCCUUUAUCCAUCUAUUACCACACGCGAUGAUGCCGCUUCAUCACCAUGAAAACGAUAAACAUCACGAACACGAACAUCAUCACGACGAAAGUAACGCGUUAUUAAUCGAUCAUGUGAAUCUACAUAGUAUGAAUAUGUGGAAAGGAUUAGUCGCUAUGAUGGGUUUCAUGACGUUCUUCUUCACUGAGAAGGCGUUAAAUAUGAUAUCCGAAUGGCGGAAGCAUUGGCAGCAUAAGAAAAAGUUACCUACGCGCGUGAGAGUAAUGAGAGAGAGCGAUGGGCCAAACAGCAAUGUUGUCGGUGAAAAGCUAUGUAAACACAAAUACUCUUCGUACCCGUAUUGUUACGGCGAGAUUGCUAGUGAAACUCAAGAUAAUCAUCAUAAUCGUCGAAUGAAUCACCAUGAGAGACCACCUAUCAUCGAGGAGGAGAAACCAUUGACAUCCAAUUGUAACUCCGUCACGAAAAUUGUCGUGACCGAUGACAUAGAAAAAAAACCAAAGGACGAUUGGAGAAUGGACGAUCCGAUUGUAAAUGCUAAGAAAAAUGCCGAUGGUGCUGACGUAUCAUUAAAUGAAUCGGAGAGCUAUACCGUCAUUCUACGUGAACACGAGACCAAACAUCACGGCCAUAGUCAUUCCCAUGGCCACGUACACUCGGCUCCCGAAUCAAUGUCCAACGUGGCUUGGAUGGUUGUAAUGGGGGAUGGCCUGCACAAUUUUACGGAUGGCAUGGCUAUCGGGGCAGCUUUUUCAGCAAACAUCGCAGGUGGAUUCUCCACGGCUAUUGCUGUUCUCUGUCAUGAAUUACCUCAUGAACUCGGUGACUUUGCAGUGCUUCUGAAAGCGGGCAUGAGUACCAAACAGGCUGUUUUUUACAAUUUAUUGUCUUCAGUGCUUUGUCUGUUAGGUAUGAUAGGCGGAAUAUUGUUAGGAAGUACUCCCGACGCUACCAGCUGGAUAUUUGCGGUUGCCGCUGGAAUAUUUAUAUAUAUAGCAUUAGUAGAUAUGGUACCAGAAUUGUCAUCGAGUCAUUCCGCGGAAAGUGGUUCGCGAUUACAAUGCAUUUGGCAAAGUUUAGGCUUAUCGACAGGCCUUGGAAUUAUGUUACUUAUCGCCGCCUACGAGCACGAUCUUAAACAUAUUUUCGACAACUAGAUUAAUAAGUAAUUGCUCUCGUAUUAAUGUUAUGAAUGAAAUCUCUUCCUGUUACGUUCAAACUAUCGUAUCUCUUUGUGAUUUAAUCUCAUUAGCAAUCCUUCAGCGUUACAAUAAAAAUAAGUUGUUCUCUCUUUCUUUCUCUCUUCUUCUUUGAAAUUAUUUCUUGUAUUUCGAAAAAAAGAACGUAAUAGGAAGGCUACACAAAUUAGAUAGCAGUUUAGAUAAAGCAACAAUAUCCGAACUCGGAUUGCCGAUAAAAAUACUUUUAAAAAACGAAAGUGUUGAAUUCUGAAGGAAUAGGAUUUCUAUUAGACAGAGUACCAGUAAUCGAAUUGUCAAGCAGUCGAAUUACAAAAAAUUGUGUUAAUUAUUUCCGAACCAACUUGUACUAAAGAUAUUUCCAUGCCUUUUCCGAGAUCAGUUUAGAGAUACUCUUAUCGGGUGAGCAAAAUUAAUUUUUCCAUCAUAAGAUAAAUUUUUAAUUGUCUAGUAGCUAUGUAAAUAGUUAUCAAGAGACUGAACGAUUUUGAAACAAAUAACAAAUUUUUUCUUUUACGAAGUUAAUCACAUGUCAACAACGUUAGUUAUUGUCAGUAAUUCACAUUCAUUACUGUUAAAUGUAUGGUAUUGAGGGAGAGUCAUGUAUAGUAUUGUUUUAUGAAAAAAAAACAUUAACUUUGUACAAGCUCUGUAUAGAUUACAUAUGGGGCGUUUAGUACGAUAUUUCCGAUUAUUAUUAACUGGCUAGAAGAACGGUACAAAAGAGUAUAUUUAAAUAUUGUUAGUUUGCAGCAAAUUUGUGAUAAUUUUGCAUAACCGAGUUACUUACGAAUCAAUGUAUAUUUCAUUAUAGAUACACAACUACAUUAUUACGAGACUUUGAAUAUUAUCAUGUUCUUGCAAUUCAAAUAGAUUUAUUAUUAGAUUUUUAGAGAUAAGAAUGUCAGUUAUUUUUUUAACUGCUUGUUAUAUUUUUUUUACGAGAGAAAAAAGUGCUGCACGGUCUCAAAAAAGAUUUGUCUCACGAAUCAACACGGCUUAGGAGAAGUAUCAUACAUGACAAUAUUUGAAACUUGUAUUUAUGUUUAUAAUACACGAGUGUUUAUUUUCGCCAAAUAUUAAUAAUAACGAUAAUAUUAAUAAUUGUAAUAAUGAUAAUAAUAGUAAUA